CCUAAAGCAUCCCGCUCGAUUUGUUGUUGCGACCCAGACUCCGACAUGGACACUUAUCUUGACCCAAUCAACCGCAAGUUUGCGGAUGCGGCCGCUGAAGGUCCACCACUGUACACUAAGACCUAUCAGGAAGCUCGUGACAUUUUGGAAAGCAUUCAGAGCUACAAGACCGCGUCCGACAUCAAGACCGAAGAGAUUAAAGUUCCAGUCAACGGUGAAGAUGUCACAACGGUCAUAUUUCGUCCUGCCAGUGCUCAGGGCACGCUGAACAUGAUCUUUUACACGCACGGUGGCGGAUGGAUUCUUGGAAGUCCAACUGCGCAUGGGGCUUUGAUGGAGGACUUUGCACGCCAAACCGGGGCUGCUGUCGUCUUUCCUUACUACACUCCGGCACCUGAGGCCCAGUAUCCUGUUCAGUUUGAGCAGGUUUACGGAGUCCUUGAUCAUUUCGUGAACAACGGUGAUAAGUAUAGUCUCAAAGUUGACAGUUUUGGCCUCGCUGGUGACAGUGUCGGAGGACAUAUGGCCAUCGCAAUGACCCAACUCGCCCAGAAUCGCAAGCUCCCCUCCAAGAUUGGCCAAAUUGUCCUCCUCUAUCCUGUCACAGACACUCACAGUAAAUCAGAAACUUACAAGACAUUCAAAGAUGGACCUUACCUCUCCGAAAAGACUAUGGACUGGAUGAUCCCCGCCUUUCUCCCAAACGAAGAAGACAGAAAGCUCCCAUUGACCUCACCCCUUCAGUAUGCUCCGGACGAAGUUCUGGCCAAGUUUCCGCCGACGACUGUUUUCCUUUCCGGCGCGGACCCUUUGAUUGGGGAAGGUGAAGCUUUUGGUCAUCGUCUGCAACAGCUUGGCGUUGAUGCGGCGGUUAUCAAAGCGGAUGGACAAGUUCAUGAUUUCGCUAUGUUGGCACCUGUCCGAGUUUCUCCGACAGCUCGAUCUGUGGUUGAACUUGCGUCUUUGAAGUUGUCGAAAGCAUUUUCUGAUAAGUGAAAGCAUCUGAGAUUUCCCUCAGGUAGUUUCAUGAACAGAUAUCAUCAUUAGACAAGAGAGGUGGUAAUAAUUGUACCUUCAUAUAAAGAAUUCAGUUGAUUGCCGAAAUGAUAUGAGGAUUUAUUAUCAUAAUUUCAUCUUACACAAAACCUCC